AUGCCCAUCAAGGAGGUGGCCCUGGACCUCACGAACUUCGUGCUGUCCAAUGUGAACGACGCCAUCUCUUUCAAACCACAGCUGUGCUACGAGGUGCCCGCCCAGGACUACCCAGAGCUCCGCGAACGGUACAUCGCAUUCACGGGCACGUCCAUGCGUAAAAACAAGUCCCGUCUCUACUUCCUGCCGACCAACAUCUCGGACGAGCUCCAGCAGCUCAACCCGUCUGUGCCAGAGUCGGCGAAGCACGUGCCGCGCGACGGUCACGUGUACUACAAAAACCGGCUCAUAACCGAGCUGGACUACGAAAACGUCAAGCGUGUGGAGCUGGCGUGCGCCUACAUCGCGUACGCCAUCAUCAACAAGGCCGCGGGCAUCGAAGUGGAGCCCAACGAGCACGGCGACCACAGUGAGCGCAGCGAGUCCAACCAGUCGGUCAUUUCCAACGACCGCAGCGAUUCCUCCACCUCGUUUGUCGAUCUGGGGGGCCCCAAAGACGAUUCCCUUACGGCCCUCACGGGCCCCGAUGCUUCGCCCACGGCGCCCACGGCGGCCACCGACUCCUCCAAGAUCUCUCCGGCAGAGACCACGGCCCAAGCGCUGCGGCGUGGCGGUCUUAUCGGUUUCCGUGAGCUCGGCUACCUGGUCAAUAUAACGCCUUGGCAUUUCCAUAGGGUCUUCAAAGUCAUCACUGGACUCACUAUCCGCGAGUACGGCCAGCUUUGUAGCGAGUUUGCCAAAAAAAACCGAGAUAUCAUGAACGCCUGCAACAAGCGCAUUCAAGAGCUCAAAGCUGAGGGCCACGUAUACCAAUGUUUUUCAGACCCUAAUUUCUUGAAAGAGGAAACUUUGCACUACGAACCUACAAGGAACGUGGUGUUGCUGCCGCAGUAUUUCAUCGAUCCCAAUAAGUCCAAGGAACACAAGAAAAUGCAAAAAGAGAGUAAAAUCACAGACGGCAAAUGUACUCAGCGCGUCGAAGCCCGAAAGCGUAGAAGUUCCAUCAUGUCCGGUCGUAUCAGAGCAGCUUCGAUAUCAAGUGUGACUUCCAAUUCUUCUAUUCAGGAUGUACUACAGGUGGAGCCGGCUUUCCCCUGUACUCCUCAAGUGAGUCCCACAGAUAUGCAUCAUUCUUUAUCUGCGUCACCUGCUCUUGCAGGUACCUCCGAAUUAAACAGUCUCGAUUCAUCGCUUUUGAAAUCCACCAUUGCAAAAUCUAGGAAGAAUAGUCUGGUGGGAGGAGCAGCAGCAAGUCUGCUUCAACCCACUGUGGGUAAAAUCGGAAAGCCCAAGGCUUCGGCUAGCAACUCAAGUGUCGCACACCUUCGCCAUAUGAGUGAUGCCUCUAUAGCCCUGAACGCCCGGGAGCUGAACAACAUACCACUCAACAGUUCGGGCGAAUACAAUGUCUCGAAUGGCGUUUCCGGGCGGGGUACCUCCUCAGUAUUCAAUGCUACAUCUCCCAGCGUUGAUUUCAAGUUUGACAUUUUCGGUAGUGAGAACACGCCAACGCAACGGCAACAGCAGCAGCAGCAGCAACAACAACAACAACAACAACAACAACAACAACAACAACAACAACAACAACAACAGCAGCAGCAGCAGCAGCAGCUAGAUGAACAACAUCCACAAUCACACACAAAUUUGAUCAAAAACAAUGACAACUUUAAUUACAGUUUCGACGAGAUGAACCCUAGGGCCGUAUCGAACCUAACGAACAAUUUCAGUAACGGUGAUUUUCAACUGGACUUUAAUGAUGAGAUAUCCAGUAAUGUUUUGAAUGCUUCAGACAACGGAGUGUACUCGAUUGGAACUUCGCCCUCCAAUAACGUCCCGGCAACAUCGAUACAAGGAAAUUCCGGAUCUAUUGAUACAUUGCCACGGGGCUCCACCAAUAACUGGCUGAGAGGAGAACUUUCAGCCGGUGAUCUGGACGAAAACUCUCAACUCUUAUUAGAUUUGGAUACCUUUCAAGACGGUGAGAUCUUGAACCAAUCGCUCGGCAUGUUCGAUUCAAAAUUGACAGGUGGCCAUGACCUCCACGGUGCCAAUAGCUUUACGAACUUGCCCGAACUCGUUACAUCUUAUUCCCAGCGCGAUCAGCUGUUAUCCCCGAGACACAAUGGUGGUCAUGGUUCUGUGGAACGAAUUUCGGGAGCAAAUCAGUUGAACCAAGCGGGUCAGCCACAAGACGGAGGUUUGAGUAUGGGCAACGCAUCGGGGGAUUCGAGAAAUCGACUCAAUUCAGUCGCUGCGACCCAAAUGGAUGAUUUUAAUCGCAUGUUUUUGGCAGACUGCCCAACUAUGACGCCCAACAUUGCUGAACAGAUUGAUUUUCAAAACGGCAACGCGCAAGAGCAUAUGAUUCAGCCCGCUUUUGUCUCUCAGCCCUCGACUAGAGACAACACUAUGGGAUCCACUGUCACACCCGAUACGAUGGCCACGGCCGAUACCAUGGCGUCGGCAAGAGAUUUCGAUGCCAAGGGCUCGCUGGCGGCAUUUACAAGUCUGGGAUUCGAAAACUUGAGUCCCGGGGCAUCUCCAUCCACUUUGGACGCGGGACUGCCUUUUUUCAACGGCAACAUCAACAGAGAGGCUGCCAAUGGCGAUCAAGUGUCGAUAGAGGCCGUGAUGUCUGCUGGUAAAGACAAUACAGUGGACAGAUUUUGA